UUUUUUAACUCUCUGUUUCUGUCAAUCAGCUCCUGCCCCCUUUUUUUUUUUGUUUAAGGCCACCGUGUCCUAACACCGAAGGCUGAAGUCAUUUUGACGCGAGGCAGCGGCGAGGACCAGCAGCGAUGGACGACGUGUACAAAGCAGCCGUUGAAAACUUGACUGAGGAGCAAAAGAAUGAAUUCAAAGCGGCCUUCGACGUCUUCAUCCAAGACGCGGAGGACGGCUGCAUCAGCACCAAGGAGUUGGGGAAGGUGAUGAGGAUGCUGGGGCAAAACCCCACCCCUGAAGAGCUGCAGGAGAUGAUCGAUGAGGUGGACGAAGACGGCAGCGGAACGGUGGACUUUGACGAGUUCCUGUUGAUGAUGGUGCGCUGUAUGAAGGAGGAGAGCAAAGGGAAGGCAGAAGAGGAGCUGGCCGAACUUUUCCGCAUGUUUGACAAGAAUGGAGAUGGCUACAUAGACCUGGAGGAGCUGAAGUCCAUGCUGGAUUCCACUGGAGAAACCAUCACUGAAGACGACAUCGAGGAGCUGAUGAAGGACGGCGACAAAAACAAUGACGGCAAAAUAGAUUAUGACGAGUUCCUGGAGUUCAUGAAAGGUGUUGAAUAAAAAGGAUUUAGACGUAGGACUUUCUUCGCCUCGCCAUGUUUACCCUGCACCACCUCAGUCACCUACUCCAUGUUUACCCUGCACCACCUCAAGUCACCUACUCCAUGUUUACCCUGCACCACCUCAAGUCACCUACUCCAUGUUUACCCUGCACCACCUCAGUCACCUACUCCAUGUUUACCCUGCACCACCUCAGUCACCUACUCCAUGUUUACCCUGCACCACCUCAGUCACCUACUCCAUGUUUACCCUGCACCACCUCAGUCAGGCUGCCAUCAUUUACAGAUCACAAAGUCAAAACCAAGGAGCAGAGCUUGAAAUAAAAUCAUUUUCUAAA